CCUGGCGCCGGUGAGGCAUUUCCCGUCACCGGAAGUUCUGGAUUGUCCGCCGCUGCACCAGCCCCGAGGCCCCGGCUUCGGGGAAGAACAACAGGCCGAGGCCCCGGCUCUCGGGUAUACAACGACAGGCCGUGGCCUCAGCUCCAGCGAAGAAGGAAGGCCCAGGCCCCGGUCCCAGCUCCGGGGAAGAGGGAAAGACACAGGCCGCGCGGGAGAACGACAGGCCGAGGCCCCUGCUGCGGGGAAAAGUUCGGAAUUGAUUCUGGCCCGGAUACCCUUGGAACGCCGUUAAGCCGCAGGGAGAGUAGCUGAGGGCCGGCAACAGCUCCGAGAAUUGGGGAGCCCGGAGCUGGAGAUUGGUGAGAGUUUUGAUCUGCCAUGUCCAUGUCUAAUAUGCUUCAUUGGUGCUGUUUUAUGAAUAGCAGAUUCUGGAGCCUGAGCCAUAAUUGAAUUGCUGACUGAGUCUGACUUGCUGCGUCCAGGCCAGUCUUUCAUUAUCCAAGAGCUCAUCCAGUCAGAGCCGCCAAAAUAGCUGGGCCAGGCAAGAAGCGACGAAAUCCUGAGCCAGACCCCAUUAGUGACACAAGCAGAGCUCCCGUGUUGGCCAAGAAACUGAAAAUGGCCAGCACGGCUGAGAACAGGAAGAAACUGGGUUGGAAUCAGGAGGAAACCACAAACAAGAAAAAACUGAAGGACAAAGUCAACCAAGAGAACAAGGAGGGGAAGACCACUGUCGGUAGUGAGCCUAAGAAAGAUUUGCCAAGCAAUGAGGAUGCAUUGCAAGGGAUAGACAGUAACGAGCUGUUUAUCGACUGGAAACAGAAUGCAGAUGAAGUCAUAGUGAAGCUGAAGCCAGGAGAGGGGAACCUGAAAGUUGAUGAGGUUGACGCAGCUUUCACAGAUACUGACUGUGUGGUUACACUGCCAGAUGGACGCCGGUGGAGUUGUCACUUCUAUGAAGAGAUUGAGAGUUCAUGCAGCAAACUGCAAUACAAGGAGAAGGGGAACUUCCUCCAGCUCAUCAUGCCAAAGAAGAUUCCUCUGCACACAUGGCCAUCCCUCAUGAAGAAGGGUAAAGAACAGACUACUGUGAUUCUGCCCAGAAAUACAGGGAAGGAGAAGACUUUGUUAAGUGAAGAAGUCACUGAAGAGGUGAAACCAGGAGAAUCUUCGGACAGCACUGAGAAGAGGAAAACAAAAGCUGAGCGCAGGCUGAAACGUCCAAUCAAUGUGAAAGUGUCCGGAAAGAUGGAAUCACCUCCUGAACCUGGGGUGAAGCGUACCAUCCAGUGCAAAGAUCCAGGCAACACUCCAGUCAUCCCUGAACCAGUUCCAACACACACUGUUUCAGUGAAGCCCCCAGAAGGAGUAGAUGCUGCUUCUCUUGAGAAGGACAUAACAUCUGCAGCAUGCCCAAAAAACCUUGCAAGUGAACUGCGAACCAGUGAUGCUGAUGGAGGUCUGACUGAUCCUUUGGUUGAGAAUAAAGUGAAGAGAAAUGGUCGUGGUCCCCAGGGAGACUGGCACAUGGAGGAUAAAAGUGGUAUGGCAAAUACUGUCCGAGCAUCGGCUGAAAAAGCUGAGAUCGAUGUGACUGAGAAAGAGAAACUACUGCCCAAGAACCAGGAUGUCAAUACUAUAACAGAUGGCUUUCUCCAUGAAGCUAUGGCAAAGUCGUCAGAUAUAGGUGUUCCUAUGGAACAGAUAGUCAGUGCAGCAGAGUUUGAAACCCGGGAACCUGCUGGAGACAGACUUGGGCUUUCUGCAAUAGCAUUGGAGGAACCUCUGGCUCAGAGUCCUUCUCUGCACAGGAACUCGGUUGCAACAUCUUUUGGGGAGCAGACAAACUCUGAACAAAUAACUGGGGAAACGCUCCCAAUGGAAAAACCUCUGGAGGAUGCUGCAGUACUGCCUAGCUCAGCUGUGGGGAAUACCAGUCAGAAGAAGGAGUGUGCCAAGGAUCAAGUUGAAGUUCCAGAUAGUUAUGUGAAUCUGAGCUUUGUUAAGUAUGACUCCUAUGAGAAAGGCACAGAUGCUAUGGUGGUGCAUGUGUAUGUGAAGGAGAUCUGCAAAUCUGUAUCCAAGGUGCUUUUCCGAGAACAAGAUUUCACACUUAUUUUUCAAACAAGCCAUGAGCCAUUUCUGCGUAUCCAUCCUGACUGUGGACCAAACACAAUCUUCAAAUGGCAGGUUAAAGUUCGGAAUCUCAUUAAUCCAGAGCAGUGCCAGUACACCUUUACAACCUCACGCAUCGAUAUCAGUUUGAAGAAAAGACAGAAUCAGCGGUGGGGAGGACUUGAAGCUCUGGCGACACAAGGUGCAGUGGGGGGUGCGAAAGUAGCUGUGCCUGCAGGCCCUCCAUCGCUGGAUAAGGCACAGCCUGGGAGCAGCCAGCACACACUUCCUCCCAAGGAGGAGCCACGUUCCAGUGAGAAGGAGAAAAUGCGCACAGAAGAGGCCAGCCUUGAGUCGGCAAUCAGGUCUCCUCCUGACAGUGUGCAGAUUAAACAGGACACUCUUGUAACAUCGCCCAAGCCUACUUGCAUGGUGACCCCAAUGACCCAUGGUGUCUCUAACACUGAGCAAACUGAAGAGGAAGAAGAGGAGGAGGAGAAAAAAGUCUGUCUGCCAGGGUUCACAGGGCUGGUCAACCUAGGAAACACUUGCUUCAUGAACAGCGUGAUCCAGUCACUGUCCAAUACACGAGAACUUCGUGAUUACUUCCACGAUCGAUCUUUUGAGUCUGAAUUAAAUUACAACAAUCCUCUGGGAACUGGUGGCCGACUGGCCAUUGGCUUUGCGGUGUUGCUGCGGGCUCUGUGGAAAGGAACACACCACGCCUACCAGCCAUCGAAGCUAAAAGCUAUUGUAGCGAGUAAAGCAAGCCAAUUCACUGGUUAUGCUCAACACGAUGCUCAGGAAUUCAUGGCAUUUCUGUUGGAUGGCCUCCAUGAGGACCUCAAUAGAAUACAGAAUAAACCGUACACAGAGACCGUGGAUUCUGAUGGGCGUCCAGAUGAGGUGGUGGCAGAGGAGGCCUGGGAACGCCAUAAGAUGCGAAAUGACUCCUUUAUCGUGGAUCUCUUCCAGGGUCAGUACAAGUCAAAGUUGGUGUGCCCCAUAUGUUACAAGGUGUCGAUCACAUUCGAUCCUUUUCUCUACCUGUCCGUCCCCCUGCCACAGAAACAGAAGUUGCUCACUGUUUACUUUUUUGCCAAGGAGCCUCAUAAGAAGCCAGUAAAGGUCUUGGUGAGCGUGAGUAAGGAGAAUGCAAGUGCAGCUGAUGUGCUUGAUGCAAUCUCUCGCAAUAUGAAAGUGAAAGCUGACACACUACGACUGACUGAGGUUGCAAGGAAUAGAUUCCAUCGGAUAUUUCAAACGUCUCAGUCCCUGGACACUGUGUCACCAAGUGACACACUCUUCUGCUUUGAGGUGUUAACUAAGGAUCUUGCAAAGGAGAGGGUACUCGAACUGAAUGUACAACAGCGACUGUUAAUCCCUAACGUCCCGACCAACAAGUGUGCUGCCUGUCAGAAACCACAGCAGCCUGAUGAAAAGUUGCGGCGUUGUACCAGUUGCUACCGAGUCGCCUACUGCAAUCAGACUUGCCAAAUGAACCAUUGGUCAGAUCAUAAAAACCAGUGCAGAGCAGAGAAUAUUGGCUGUCCCUUUAUAAUCAGCGUUCCUGAGUCCCGGCUCACGUAUUCCAGACUCUCUCAGCUGCUGGAGGGAUACUCAAGGUAUUCGGUAAACGUGUUCCAGCCCCCAUUCCAGCCAGGCCGGAUCUCGCCAGACCCUCCACCCUGUAAAAUGGGGAAUGCACAGCUCAGCCCCGGAACUCCUACCAGCUCAGAGAUUGGUGAGGGAAAGAUACCGUUGGAGAUUCAGGACAGAGAUUUCAGGUCUGUGCACCGUACUCAUUUAACCAGCUCUGUUUCUGAGCCCCUGCUGGCUUCUGCUUUCUCAAAGGGCAUGAGUAUGCCAGGUAGAGACAAAGAUUCCAUUCACAGCUACGACUCUGGAUUCUCAGAAAUGCGACCUCUGUCCCAAGAAGAUACUGGAUGUGAGAAGGAAACCACCUAUGAGAAAGCGCCGAAGCCUGAAGCUGCAAUCCCUGGUUACCAGCAGCCAGUUGAGUCUGUGCGCUUCCACACGCCACAGUUUUAUAUCAAAAUUAUUGAUGCUUCAAACAAAGAGCAGAAAAUGGAAGAUAAAGGUGAUGCUCCAUUGGAGCUGCCAGACGGUGUCACUCUGGCAAUGGUAUGGAAAAACAAUGAGCGACAGAAGGAGUAUGUGCUAGUGGAAUCCAAGGAGUUGGAAUAUAUUGAAGAUCCCAGUUCAGCCAACGAGGCGGCCAGAGCUGGCUACUUCACACUGGAACAGUGCCUAAAUCUUUUCACCAAACCUGAGGUGCUGGCGCCUGAGGAAGCUUGGUACUGUCCUAAAUGUAAACAGCACAGAGAAGCAUCCAAGCAGUUGAUGCUCUGGUGGCUCCCGAAUGUACUCAUCAUUCAACUGAAGCGUUUCUCUUUCCGCAACUUCAUCUGGAGAGACAAAAUCAAUGACAUGGUGGAGUUUCCCAUUAGAAAUCUGGACCUGAGCAAGUUCUGCAUUGGUGUGAAGGAUGUCCGACAGCCCCCUGUUUAUGAUCUCUAUGCAGUAAUUAACCACUAUGGUGGGAUGAUUGGGGGGCACUACACUGCCUAUGCACGUCUACCUAAUGACAAGAACAGCCAACGCAGUGAUGUAGGUUGGCGUCUUUUUGAUGACAGCACUGUCACAACAGUUGAUGAAAGCCAGGUGGUUGCACGACAUGCGUACGUGCUGUUCUACCGUCGCCGUAAUUCUCCAGUGGUAAGGCCCUCACGAACGAGAGCUGCCACCCGUGGAACAGAGUGCACAGCUGAAGCAGAAGGAACAGCCUCCCAGGCUUCUAGUCAGGCAGCACGGGGAGCAGAUCUGGAGUCCGAAGAAGCUCCCCAGCUGAGUCCGGACUCGGUAUCUGACUUGUUCACACGUCCUGCGGACCACUGCACUCCAGCCUAUGGAAACGUGGAAGAAGUAGACUGAUGAUUGGUCUUAUCAUGGGGACUGUGUAUAAACUGCAUGUCGCAGCAAGAGGCCUGGCACUUUGGACAAAAAAAAAUCUGUACAUCCCCUCAACUCACAUAACUAAUUUAUUCUCCAUCCCUUCCUCCCUUACACCACACCUUCCUCCCCUCUUCCUCUUCUCUGGGUCCUUGAAUUGUAGCCUAUAGGAACAAGGAUUGAUUUGUCUUGGUGCUUUUGUAUCAUUGAUGCCAUUCUGAGGUGAAGAUGCUGCUGAAAUGGGUUUUUAAAGGUGAUGUGAACAAAUGUAUUUGAUUAACUGUUCUGCUGCCAUUGUGCAUAUUAUAGAUUAUUGAGCAUCUGGGUGCACACUCAGUUGUGGCAAGAACAUCUGGGCCACCUGUUUGCAAUUGUACCUCUUUUUAAAUAUCUCUGUUCAAAUCUACUUUUAUGGAUAUAAAAAGUAGUAGUACUUGGAUAUGCACAGCAUGACAUUCUGAACCUUAAAAAAAAUUGGAAAUUGUUUUUGUGGAGGUUACAUGUUACAGUGGUAAGUAAUGGGGGAGGCGUUGUGCCAGAAGGCUCAUGGUGCUCAUUACUAUCUGUUUGAACCGCUGGACUCAUUCUCUUGAAUAAUAAACUUGGAUAAGGAAAACCCUAUUUCUGAAGUGGAGGAUGGUGGUGAUGAGAGGAUAUAUGAAAUGAACGACCCUGUUGGGUGAGGAUAGUGGAGUGGAUUUUUCUUUGACCUCUGUUCUGCAAGCUGUUAUGUUCUGCAUUAAAGGAAAUUUCCUUGCCCUCUUUGGAAAAUUGAAAUAAUAUUCAAAGCUUCCCUAAAGGCUUCCUCGUUUGGCAUCAGGAAUCUGUCAUGUUGAUGAUAUUGGGGCUUUGUGUGCAUAUGUAGUUUUCCUCUGCCACAUCUACAGCUGCAGGAAAAAUGCAGAUUUUGAGGUUGUCACAACAGAAUGGGCUGUGUGUCUGCAUAUAUCCUCAUGCUAGCUCCUGUACUUUAAAACAAAGUGACUACAACUGUAAAAUAUCAAAAUUCAAGCUGGAUCAUUUAAUGAUUCCUUGCGGUGUAGUUACUCAAUCUUGUAUUGAAUUUCUUGUGAGUAGUGCUAUCAUGAUUCUUGCUAGAAGUUCGAAACUAAUUCCCUCUAACCACCUGUAGAAUGCAUCAGGUUGCGAUUAGUGGAGGCUGAGCUUGAUUGAAAGCUCAGCCAUACAAAAAUACAAGUAUUUGUGAAUGCUUCUCUCAGAUGACGAUCAAGAUCCUGUUUAGAAGAUUAGGAAUGGAGUGAACCUUUAGCAGUCAACAAAGUCUACAGGUUCAGUAGCUCCUCAGUUCUUGCAAUAUUCAGUUGCCAGUUUGUAACCUUCAGUGUCAUUUGCAUUCAAGAUUGGACUUGAGAUGGAAAAGCAUUUGAGGGAAUAUGAGGCUAAUGCCUUUCCCACUGUAUAUCUGCAUUCCUUGGCUUUUAAACAAAACCAGUUAAACCAACACACCACUGCACUCUCCCCAAAUCAAUGAACAAUACCUCUCAAUGAAAGUAUAUGACACAUGCACAUCAUUCAUUACAAUCCAUUAGACACUAAGGAAGGUUAAGCUUGACCAAUGAUACAUGCCUUUUGAAAUUGGAUAGAUGAAGGUAGAUCAUGCAGAAGGUGCUUGAAUAACCUGAGGUAGAAGGUGCAAUGUCAAAGAGCACUGAGGUUUCUCUUUUUUGUUGUUAGCAAUAAACUCCUUAUUGUGAAUAAUCAUUUACUUUGGCUUAUUUCCCAGUAACCCACAGUUGAAGUAGUUGGCAGAAUUACUAGAGGGUAGCAAUCAGAAAAUCCUGAGAAAUGAUAUAAAUCCUAGUACAAGAUUGAAUCUGGCGCCCGAGCAAAAUAUUCCAAAUGCUGAAAAUCUGAUACUCAGCUGGUCUGGCAGUAUCUGUGGAGAGGGAAAAGGGGGUAAUCUUCAAGUUUCUCAUUGAAUUUUCAUCUUAUCUUCACUGUUUUGAGUUUUCAUUUAAAGCUAGCAACCUGCUGUGAUCACAUUUUCUAAACCAGCUCAUGCUCAUAGAGACCAGCAAUAAAGUCAACCACAACAUUGUGAGCUGCAGUUAGAUAAUGUGACAUAUAGGAGCUGUAGCCCCAGUGUGAACAGUUACCAUCUCUAAAGUGAAGGUUACUCAGGUUUACUCUGCUUCCUUCCCAUGCUAAUUGGCGAUCUCAUAUUAUUUCACAUAUAAGUACCUGUUAAUCUUAGUCACCUAAUGCAGCAAAUCACAGCUACAGAUCUGAGUUUUACACCCUCUGAACCAGACACACGCACGAUUAUUCAGAUACUGUGUACAACAUGUGCAGCUAUUAUCUACUGGAUCCAAAGUUAUUGGAACUGAAAACUUGUUCAUUAAAAACUGAUGUAGGUACUCUGGUACCUGAUCACUGUCCUGGUACACCUGUCACUUAGUGCUAUUUGGCUAUCACCAGAAUUCAAAUUUAUCCGAUUUGUUGCUGAGUGGGAAUAGCUAAUGUUAAACCUACUAUCAAUGCAAUGUGAUGAGGAAGAUACAGUUGACCUGAGGGCACUUUUGAAGCAAGGAAUGAAAAGAUGGGACGCUCCUAGACUCUGCAUGUAUUGGGUGAGGGUUUUUGUGAUCUGCUGGUGAACUUUGGCAUUUUGUAAAAGGGCGAGAGAUGUCAUUAACAAACUGACCUUUCAAGGAGCAGAGAAAAUAGUCCCACAUUCCUUAAUUCCCCUACUCCAUUCUCCUCCCUCUCUUCUUCCCCCCCCCCCUAAUUAUAAUAUUCCCCAUGCACCUAUUGCCUAUUGCACCACUGUCAGUUGCAACUCCCUGAAGCUGAUGUGCUUAAAGCCAAUUCCAUUGCAGGAAUGAUCAGUGCCAGGCAAACUGUUGCAUGCUGCAGGACUUUUUUUUUGUUUUGGUAAUCCCCAUCAGAAAGGACUUUUGGUAUCAAUUCAGCAAAGAAAAUGUUGUAACCUGUGGCUGGAUAUCUUUUGUAGCUUCGGUUGGAUAAUACAUAAUCAUCAUCUCAUACAUGGAUUCCACACAGAUGCAGCUCAUGAUGAGACCAGAUUUUAAAUGUCGGUGUGUGAUCAACACCUCUUUCUCGUUUGCUUCAUCCUUCUCACAAUGGUGGAAAGUUGUCUUGAGAGCCUCCAUUUGAUAAGUUCACACUAAGGCAAGGUUUAACAUUUUUGCACACUUGACACAGUCUUGUAUUUCUGUUCCUAAAAUACAUCAUCUUCCUGAAUGUAUGGCCUCAUCUUUCAGUUAAAGAGAAAGAUUCAAUUGAACACCUCAUCACCCGUUUGGAAGGUACACUGUUCACAUCACCUUCAAGCAAAUGUUUGUGUGUGAAUUGCUGAAUCGCAGGCUGAUUUGGUUUUUUUUCUUUCUUUUCUGAGAUUCUUUGCUCUAAGACCCUUAUUCUUGCUUGACUGAGUUGCUGUCCUUUGAAUUAUUGAAAUGCAUUUGCCAUCAUAUACUGCAUACCAAAUUCCAGGGGAGGGGCGUGGUUGGUGCUUGGAUUCAGUCUCAUUGUUCAUACCCAGUUGCUGCACCCAUUCUGUCUUGGUGCUUGGGGCCAGUGGAUCCAUUUAAGUCAAGACUUGGUGAGGUUAUCAAUUAGGUGGAGGAGCCAUAUACAAACCUGUGAAGAUUCCAUGACCUAUACUGGCCCGUUGACCCCCCUCUCAGGGGUGGCAAUAUUUGACCGUCCAAGAGAAGGUAUCUUUGAACCCACUGCACUGUGCAAUGAAGGUACUGUCACAGUGCCAUCAGCCCUGAAGUUCCAAGAAACGACUGUCUCCCGUUUCCAUUAAGGUAGGAAAAUGAUUCUUAAUAUUCCAUGCGGCAUUGCAAUGACUUGACAACCUGGUGAAGACACAUCGGCACUUGGUUGUGAUUUGAUUACCUGAUCUCCUACCUCUGUUACCAUGCUAAUCACUUGUAGUCACUGAAAGCCUUCUUGAAUAGUAAUCCAAGUCAAGGCAACAGUUUUGAGGAAAGUGAGCAGAUGGCAAGGCUGAGUGGGUCUGGUGGAGUGGAAUGAAGUCGCUGUGGAGUUAUAAUGCCAGCCAAAUUCCAUUUCAGUGCUCAUGUUUGCCAUGAGAGACAGUGAAGGAAAUGUCUCUUGAUGUCCUUCUGCUUUUUUUUAAAAAAGUGCACAUUUGCUGUUAUCACAGUUACAGACCACAUCUUCAAUCCCCAGUUAAAGAUUUUUCUCUCCUGAAGGCACGAGUCAGAUACUGGGAAUAGUUCACAGCAAAAGACUGGGCCAAUGCUGACACUGUCCCUGAAGUGCACUUGGGCUGUAUUUUUGAAACAAAAAACUGAAAAUUUCAAUUUGAGUUCUUUGAACGGGAAAAUGAAUUUUAUGUGGGCUUGGUUUAUGUGCCUCUAGCCUCCCUCACUAGCCACCGGACUUUUAUUAUCUCUUCUCCCCCCCCACUAUCAGCCUCUCUCUCUCUCUCUCUCUCUCUCUCUCUCUCUCUCUCUCUCUCUCUCUCUCUCUCUCUCUCUCUCUCUCACUCUCCACCCCUUAUUUUGUCUUUUUCAAUUUCUCACUUACUCUCUGGUCCCUGGUUUCAAUUUUCCACCCAUCCUGCUCAUGCUUUCUGACCCUAACUUUCCUCUCAAUCCACCUCAGCUUUGUUGAAAUCUUUGUUUUCCUGUCGCUAUCUUUCAAGACAAAUUUGAUGUGGAAGCGAAAUGAUUGCAUUUCAGUUUGUUAAUUUUACCUGAAUUAAAACAAGACAGUUUUGUUUUUGUCUCA